AUGGAAGGUCUUGAUCAGGCCGAUGGCACAACAUCUGUGAUCAAUGACCGAGCAGCUGCAAUGGAUGCGGCAGAAACCUCGACUAUGGUGUCUGAGAAGAAACUCCUCAGAAAGAUUGAUCGUUGCCUUCUACCCUUGAUGAUCGUUUCGUAUAUGCUCCAAUUCCUGGACAAGCAAAGCUUAUCUCAAUCAUCUAUUAUGGGAUUUAUAGUUGAUCUCAAACUCACUGGCACCGAAUACUCAUGGUGCGGCUCGAUAUUCUAUUUCGGCUAUCUGGCUCUGUCCUACCCUGCUUCACUGCUGAUGGUGAGGCUACCGAUUGGAAAAUAUCUGGCAGCGAACUUCUUAAUUUGGGGUAUCAUCCUGGCCUGCCACGCAGCCACGGAAAGCUUCACCGGUAUCAUGAUCGCUCGCUUCUUCCUGGGUGCCGCCGAAGCAGCCGUCUCUCCUGGUUUCAGUAUGAUAACCGGAAUGUGGUAUAAGCGAGAGGAGCAGCCCUUGAGACAUGGCGUAUGGUUUGCCGGAAAUUCGAUUGCGACUGCCUUUGGAGGUCUGCUCGCAUAUGGGAUUGCCCAUAUAACUGGUAGCUUCGCAGCCUGGAGGUGGAUGUAUAUCAUUUACGGGCUGAUCACUCUACUCUGGUCGACUGCGCUUUUCCUUUUCCUUCCCGACUCUCCCACUAAAGCCCGGUUCCUCAAUGAAGCAGAAGGCCAGGUGGCGGAGAAUCGAUUGCGGGUCAAUCAGACGGGAUUGAAUGACAAUCGCAUUAAAUGGGAGCAGGUGUGGGAGGCAUUGAAGGAUUACAAGAUCUGGAUGCUUUUCUUCUACCAGAUUGCAAACAACAUUCCCAACGGAGGUCUUACUACGGUUGCACUCUGGUCGCGUGAGUACCCGAGUUCUUUUUUCUAUAACCACCAUAGAUCUAAUGAUAAUAGUUUGAUUGGAUGUAUCCUGGUCUACGCCACGGACAAUAAAGGGUCCCGCUUAUUCGGCCUAUUCAUCUUCGUCGCCUACGCUGCUGGUAUGCCUCUUACUUUGUCGAUGGUAUCGUCCAAUGUGUCCGGAUACACCAAAAAGGCCACAGUCAGCGCUAUGAUGUUUAUUGCCUAUUGCACUGGAAACAUCAUCGGGCCGUUCUUGUUCUUCGCGGACGAGGCUCCCAAAUACGAAAGUGGCUUCCUCGCUAUUAUGAUCUGUUUCGCUGUCGCGAUUGUUCUUAUUCUGGCCCUGGGACUGUGUUGGCGGCUGGAGAAUGCGAAGCGUGAUAGGAUGUAUGGGCCGCCUACCGCUGUUCCAGUGUCCUAUGGAAAAGAUGGAAGUGUCAUCGAGUUGCAAGAGACGAUCGAUACGACUGAUGUUAAAAACCAUAGUUUCCGUUACGUUUACUAG